AGGCAGCAAACCACGGCAGUAACUGUUACGGCUUGACACUAUAGCUUUAGCUUACAGACAAGAAACAGCACCGUUGUCGUUCAAAGAAAUUUCAUUCCACAAUGUCAGCAGCCGGUCCAGAAGGUUCUGGUGCAGCGUCAGGCAACAGGCGCUUGCAGCAGACCCAGGCCCAGGUGGAUGAGGUGGUGGAUAUCAUGCGUGUUAAUGUGGACAAAGUGUUGGAACGUGACCAGAAGCUGUCUGAACUGGAUGACAGAGCCGACGCACUGCAGGCUGGAGCCUCCCAGUUCGAGACCAGUGCCGCUAAGCUGAAGAGGAAGUACUGGUGGAAGAACUGCAAGAUGUGGGCCAUCCUGAUAGCUGUCAUAGUGAUCAUCAUCAUCAUCAUUGUUAUUUGGAAUUACUCCUAAAACGGCAACAAGAGGAGGAGUGAAGAAAACGAUGACGAAUAGGAGAGGAGCAACAUACAUAAUUAAUAUCUCAAAGGAAGAUGUCACGUGAUUACUGCCUUACUGUGCUUCACAACGUUUUUCUCCUUGCAGGGGUCUUCAUUCCUUGGGCUGGUUUGCCGUGUGUGUGUGUGUGUGUGUGUGUGUGUGUGUGUGUGUGUGAGAGAGAGAGAGAGAGAGAGUGUGUGUGUGUGUGUGUGUGUGUGUGUGUGUGUGUGUGUGUGAGUGUCACAAUACCAGAGUUUUACCCUGCAUUACUACACCAUACCAGUUAUCUUUACAUUUAUUAGAAUUCCAUUGCACUUGCCAAAGAAAACAGAAAAAGCAUAAAGAAAAUGGUUGACAAUUUAACUCAAUCUCAACCAAAACCUAUUUAAAAGUUUAAAUGAAUCAUCUUAGAAUGUGUGACAAAACGCACGCACGCGAGCACACAUGUACAUACAUACGUCAACCUCAGGACAUGAAGUGAAGAAUGUUGUUGUAAACUCUCCUCAAUUUAUAUUGACUUUUUUAUGUUUUAUUAAUAGCCAUUGAUUUUGUGUGCCAGGCUAAAAGAAGUGCCUUUGAGGAUAUGCUGUUCUGUGUUAGUUAACAUAGUAUUAGUAACCCUGCAUAUAAUUGAAGAGAUGCCCCUUUCCAACACAUAACACAUUUGUACUUUUCAGAUGCCAAAAUUCGGAUUUUUCUCAUUUAAAGGUUAUUUGCUAAUUCAUUUCUCUGUGCAAAACAUUUGAAUUCGGAUUGAAUUAAGAGGAAUUUCAUUGGUCACCCGGCAACAAAUGAGCUAACCAGUAACACACUGUUGAACCACCUGAUCAUACCUGUCAUUGUCCAUCUUCCUUUCAGGUAGGACAGUAGAAUCUAAUAUAGACUUGUGUUUAGAUAAGUGCCUUCAUGUUAAGACCUACAGCCUUACAGCUACGUAAGACUAGAGAAACUGCUAAGAAGCUUACUACACUUUAUGCUACACUGGGUUAAAAGUGGCAAAUUGUUUCAAGCAGCUGUUCUCAAGGACAUGCUAGAAAGUGUGCCUUUUUGUGAUAUAUUCAAGCACAAGAAAAUGUAGUAUUAGACAGGUGCCUUAAUAGGUUUCUCCAAUGGAGAACUGCCAAAACACAGCCACGCCUUAUUGGUCAUAUAUACCAGCCAGUAAAAGUAGUGCCUUCUGAAUGCUCCAACUGUCCAAACAAAUACUAUGCUGCUUGCAUAUUCAGCUGAACUCAUUAGCCUUUAAUAAACUCUUCUGUUUAGUCAUACUGUCAUUUUU